AUGAGAAGCAGAAGAUCCCCACACAACCCGCUCGCGCACCCCGUGGUCAUGCACGCGGGCCCUCGCGAGCACGUGUCGCAGGAGCAGGCCAUGCAGUUCCUUGGCCGCUUCAUCCGCGAGCGCGAAGAGGAGGCCGACGCCGACGCCUCGGGCGCCCUCGCGCAGCUCCGCCGUGUCGAGCGCAACUUCAAGGGCCUUCCCCCCGCCGUUCUCGACACCGAGUAG